GGGCCAUAGCAGGUAGUCUGACCAUUACUCAAUUCGUUUUAUCCCUAGAACACGCCAUUCUCGCGGCAGAAAAGCCCUCAAAAACCUCUCAAACCCCUCUGCCAUCGGCCAUCCUUUCCUUUCCUACUCCAAUCUCCAAUCCCCGCACCCGCCGCUCCCCUCCGCCACCCUCCCCCUCUCCUUCCAGAACCUUCUCGAUGCUUCUCUCCCGAAGGUUCUCCUGCGCCCUCGCCCGCGCCCCAUCCCUCAUCCGGGGCCGGCCCCUCCCGCCGCGCGCCGCCCCGGCCACCCCUCCCGCGUCCCGCCCACCGCCCCGCCGCCUCAUGUCCUCCUCCUCCGCUGGGUGGCAGCACGCCUCCCGCCCCCCUCCGCCGCCGCCUCACCCCGGCGCCGAGAAGGAUCAGCUGUUCCGGGGACUGGAGGCGGCGCUGGGCACCACGUUCAGCUCCGAGCCGCUGGCGCCGCCGCCGCAGCCUAUGAUCCUCGUCAUCAGCGGACCUAGCGGUGUCGGCAAGGACGCCGUCAUCAAGAGGCUCCAAGAGGAGAGGGAAGGGAUGCAUUUCGUUGUGACCGCGACAAGCAGGGCGAUGCGGCCAGGUGAAGUUGACGGGAAAGACUAUUACUUCAUCACUAAGGAGGAGUUCCUCACGAUGAUUGAGAGGGAUGAGUUGCUUGAGUACGCUCUUGUUUAUGGGGAGUACAAAGGGAUCCCCAAGCAACAGAUUCGCGACUACAUGGCAAAAGGCUGUGACAUUGUCUUGAGAGUGGACAUUCAAGGAGCAGCAACUUUGAGAGAGAUACUCGGUGAAUCUGCAGUUUUCAUAUUUUUAGUUGCAGAGAGUGAAGAGGCACUUGUUAAAAGGCUAAUCCACCGUAAAACAGAAACGUCAGAUAUGCUUCUUGUCAGAAUUGCAACAGCCAGGGAGGAGGUGAGACGCAUGCAAAAUUUUGACUAUGUGGUUGUAAAUGCUGAAGGGAAGCUUGAGGAGGCUGUUAAACAAGUGGAGUCUAUCAUUGAUGCUGAGAAGGCUAAAAUUCACAAGCGGCCUGUCAAUAUCUAACCUAAAGCUCAUGUGACCUAUGGCUAAUAUAUUCAUCUGUUUGAAGGAAAAUUGUCUGUACGACUGAAUCUGUCCAAGUUUGCUGAAGUGUGAAGGAAAUUCGUUACAACAAUUUGACUAAGUUCAGGUUUGAGUAGUCAAAAAGUUCAAUGGACUGCAGAGUCAUGGGAAUAUAACAUGUUAUCUUAAGCAGUCUUCCUUGUGAUACUUUACAGGAUGUAUAUUCUAUUUACUUUUCAUUAUUUGUCUCUCUUUUUUUUUUCUUGACGGGAGGAAUCUAAAGGUUGUAUUCCCUCCAUUCCAAAUUAUAGGUCGUUUUGUUUUUUCUAGAUGCAUAGAUAUUAUUAUGCAUCUAGAUAUAGGAUUUAUCUAAGUGCAUAACAAAGUAUAUAAAUCUAAUAAAGUCAAAACGACCUAUAAUUUGGGUCGGAGGGAGUAGCAAACUUCCUAGUUCUAACGGAAGGGCUGUAACAAACUAGUUCCGGAUGAAAUCUUAAAUGAUGUUUUUUCCCUUUC